AUGGCUAAGUGGGUGGAGGACCAAUGGAAAGAGUUGUUCGAGAUCCCGACCAAAUACAAUGCAGAUGAUUGCAAUGAUGCACUUCACGGAUCUCGAGUUCCAGAAUGUUUGGAUGAGCCGUGUCAACGACUGUGCACUGAGCUCCGUGGAGUCACCCCCGAGUUCACGCGCGCCUUAAAUGCCCGUGAUAUCAUGAGCGGUAUCAUACCAACCAUCUCACAGCCUGAAGAGACACCUUAUUGUAUCUGGUAUCCUGAAGUCCCGAAAGAGGAUACCCUCCGAGCUCUGGUUCAACGAUACCCGGAUAUGCUUUAUCAUGCCGCUCGUGCCUGUGCCGUUGCAGGAUAUUUUGAUCUGGAUCAAGAGCUUGAUCCGCUUCCGGAGGCUCAUGUUGCAGAGGAGGCGGGCUACGCAAGCGCGCAAAGAAGCAAUAACGGUAGUCAACAGAUUCAUCAGCAUACUCUCUCCCCGCCAGUGAAGUUCGCGAUCAUGAACGACUAUACACGUACGGUCGAUGUUGCCGGGUGUCGAGUUGCAUCUCUGAAUGGGGAUACGGCUGUUUACUCCAGGAAGCCAUGGACAAUGUUUGGCGACGAAUUACAUUACUUCAAUAUCACUGAAGACUGGGGAAUAGGCGAUCAUGACUGUGAAGCCCCUGAGACACCAGAUGAUUAUCUCCCACGGGUGUACAACCCACUCCCGCAGAGCUCCCGCUCAUCAACAAGGACAAACUUAUCCCGACCAGGGUGCAGGUUCAUUCCAACUCCAGCCUUAUCAAGCUUGAAAAUAUUUGACUGCACCUACCAGCUCCUAAACUAUACAACCGAAGAGCCGUAUGGCAAGAAUUUGAUCUCUGCGUGUCCCUACAAUGCAGAAGAAACAGACUAUUUAGAAUUCUACUGGGCCGCCAAAGACAAAUUGGGAUUCUUGAAUGACCCUGAAGAGACAACCGGUAUCUCAGCCGACCAGCUUGUAUGGGACGACUAUGGAACUCUUUGUUCGCUCAGUACGAUCGACAAAACAGUAAGACAAUGCAGUGGCAGCAUAAACAAAGGAAAACCUAGUCUGCCGGAUGGUUUCACGGUCAGCAACCCUAAGGAUAUCAUCUCAGCACGACUGCAAAAUAUCACGACUUUCCAAAGUCAGUCAGACGACCUUGUCUCACUUACAGCUAAUAAUUUGUACAUUGGUAACACAAUCGAAAUUGUGGACGGAGCGACGAUGCUCGUACUCAUGGUACCGAGCUCAAUUACCAGUAUGAAGAGCGUUUAA